AUGUCCUCCUUGAUAUUAAUAUUAUGUUCUACUUUAUUCCUAGGUACAAAUGCCAUACCAUGGCACGCGGCGAAACAAACGGCUACAUAUAAAGCAGAUGAAUGGUCACCCCGACCAACUAAUAUAAUCUCAGAGCCACGGGACCUGUUCAAGAGAGGUUCAAUCGAUGUUGAUGUAUGCGGAUGGAUUGGAGGAAACUUUGCUCAGCCAGUGGGUUGUGGAAGCGGAUCGUCAUGUAUUCAUGAUACUUCUUUUGGAUUUGUUGGAUGCUGUCCAACCUCCUCAGCUGGAGCAGACCCCAUUCCUUGUACGGAUGGGUUAUACACGACCUGUGUCGAUCAUAAUAGUGUUGGAUAUACUUCAGAUUCUUUCUUGGUUAACAAUGGGAUGCUAUCAUGUCCUGGGAGUUCAAACUGUUACAAAAUCAUUUACCCACAAAAUUAUAUUCAAUUUGGAUGUGGCCCCUCGGCAGGAAAUAUCACAGCAGCUACCACAUUUGCCGGUCAGGCAACAGACCUUAACCUGCAAAUCGUGUAUACCGGAGUGAGCUUCAAUCCAACAAUCACAAUACAAAAUCCUAGUAAUUUUGGAGCCGCUACUUCAUUCCCAACUUUGACGACUGGCACUCCAACGCAAUCUACAGCUUCGGAAGUUGCUGGUAAAGGAUCGCUUACACCCACGGUACCUGAAUCACCAACUUCUGCAGCUGAGACAUCGAAAGGGAGCACAAAUACGGGCGCGAUAAUUGGUGGUAUCGUUGGUGCUUUGGUUGUUAUUAUAGGAGCCUGUAUUGCAACUUUCUUUCUUAUUCGUAAGAAAGAAAACAAAUGGGAAUCAAACGUGCCUCACGAAGAUAGCUCUCCGAACCGGCCCUCAAAAGCGGCAUUUGAAUCAGUUCCUAACCCAGCACCUUCUCCAAAGUCGAUCCAUUCUCUGGUACCAUUUUUUGAACACUCACCGCUCCCUCAUGAUCACUCUCAAAUGGGAGGGAUCAAUAAUAUAGGCUAUGCACCCGUCUUCCAAUCUUCCUACCAUCGACCCACUACUCCUGCCGGACAUCAUGAACCCGUAGAAGCACCAACGCCUGACCUCCGCUCCCGUAACUUUCACUCUUCAUCCCCUAUGCCUGAUUCAUUUCAACCACCACAUUCCGAAAUACUUCCAGAAUCCUACGAUCCUUCUCGACCACGUGGUCCUCCCUCCUCAGAGCCGUACCACCCAUCACAAUCACCUGAACCUCAAAAUUGGUCUCCCGAACUUCAACAAUACCACCACCCCUCCUCUCCGGAACCACAAGCUCUUCGGCCCCGUCCGUCUCGCUCUCCGCCACGCACGAUCACACCCCCAGCUGUGGCACCUACAACAAACCCCUAUUGCCUUCCUCGCGCUGCCGACCUCCCCCCUCUUGACAUAAUGGAAGACAUCCAAACGCCCAUCGUCCCCAAACUCGCCCAAGCAAACUGGCACCUUGCCUUAACAGGCGAUCGCCGCACCUACGCACCUGCCGACGGCCCCUCCACUUCACCCAGCUACCACCACGAACCAGUGCCCGCCAUGCCCGUCCUCUACGCCGACAUAACCAGUGCUAUGGGCGUCGAAUCCAUGUCACCGCCGAAGGAAUCUUACCUCUUGCGCCAAAACUCCAAUGCCACCAAACCCGGCGUACGUCGAAAUUUCUCGCGCAAAGGUCGAGCCGAAAAACAGGGAAAGGAAAUCCAAAACGACGAACCUGAAGAUGUAGGAGCUAUGAGUAAUAAUAUUCGACAAUCCGGAUGGGUACCCUCUGGUUUACGAACGAGAAACAGUCCAUCUCCGCAUUCUGCGCACAGAAUGCCAGAUCAAAGGUUUCUGAGUAAUAAUGAAGCGGCAACGCAACGAUACCAGAUGGGUGAUUUGAGGGGCGAGGAAGUACGUAUUGCGUAUAAUCCGAAUGCGGGUCUGAAUAUGGGACAUAUUGGACCGCCGAGAGUAGUGGGGAUUGGAAGACAGCCAAGUCCCGUUAUAGAUCCUAAUGCUGUGGAAGGAGGUUGGCUUUAA